AUGAACAUCGAUCAAAGUAAUCAACCGAUAUCGUUAAAAUUAAAAUUAAUCGAUACUAUACACACGGGUUUAUCAACAUUAAAUUUUCAUUCGGCAUCAAUCGAUACGAUAAACGAUCGAUGGAUAUUGAAUGGAACACUUCCAUAUUAUUCUCUUCACGGAAAAUAUAAAGGAAAUGGAAAACUUCUUUUGCUCCCUAUAAUCGGUGAGGGAAAUGCUAAUUUUACAUAUUUGGAUACAAAAGUCGAUUUCGUCAUGGAUGGACGUAGAAAAAAAGAAAAAGGAGAAAUUAUUAUAUUUAAUUUAAUUAAAUUAAAAGUUUAUUUCACUUUCGACAAAUGUUUCGUAACGAUAACGAAUUUAUUUAGCGGAAACAAACAAUUAAGUGAUGCCGUUAAUCAUUUUAUCGGAAAUAAUUCGAAAGAAGUUAUGAACGGUGUUAAAUCAUCUUUGGAAAAAAUUUAUUCCUCUUUAUAUUAUAAUAUGAUAAAUAAAUUAAUAUCGGACGUACCUUAUACGGAAAUUUUUAAAAACGCGUAA